GCAGCGCUGCAAGGACAGACAUGGGGAAGACAGGUGGAAGAGGGGACUUUGAAUGGGUCUACAAUGAUCAGCCUCACACUUCAAGGAGAAAACAAAUAUUGGCCAAGUAUCCAGAGAUUAAAUCCCUAAUGGGUCCAGACCCCCAACUGAAGUGGGUGGUAUCAGGCAUGGUCCUAACCCAGCUCCUGGCCUGCUACAUGGUCCACACCCUCUCCUGGAAGUGGGUCUUCUUCUGGGCCUACGCCUUUGGUGGUUGUGUUAACCAUUCCUUGACCCUUGCAAUACAUGACAUCUCUCACAAUGUGGCCUUUGGCAACAAAUUGGCAAAGUGGAACCGCUGGUUUGCCAUGUGGGCCAACCUUCCCAUUGGACUUCCAUAUUCAGCCUCCUUCAAGAAAUAUCACAUUGACCACCAUCGGUAUCUUGGAGGUGACAAGCUGGAUGUGGACAUCCCUACGGAUAUUGAGGGAUGGUUCUUUUGCACUCCAACCAGGAAGGUCCUUUGGCUAUUCCUGCAGCCCUUUUUCUACGCCCUGCGCCCCUUGGUGGUCAAUCCUAAACCAGUCUCUCAACUGGAGGUUCAGAACGCCAUUGUUCAGUUCACGGUGGACUUCAUUAUUUAUUAUCUUUGGGGUCUGAAGCCUAUCAUUUACCUCAUUGCAGGAUCUAUUCUGUGUAUGGGAUUGCACCCUAUUUCUGGACACUUCAUAGCAGAACAUUACAUGUUUCUGAAGGGACACGAGACAUAUUCUUACUAUGGAUCACUAAACUGGAUCACGUUCAAUGUUGGGUAUCACAUGGAGCAUCAUGACUUCCCAAGUAUACCUGGCAGCAAACUACCUCAGGUGAAGAAAAUUGCAGCAGAGUAUUAUGACACACUGCCUCAACACACUUCCUGGAUCCGAGUACUGUGGGACUUUGUGUUUGAUGACAGCAUUGGUCCCUAUGCCAGAAUCAAACGGGAAUAUAAACUGAUUAAUCAGGAAUAGCUCUGUGACUGGCUUGAAAUCUCACUGUUGUUUGAAUAGGGCCUAAAAUCCUAGAUGUCCGUGGUCUAAGACUAAAUGUCACCGUGUUCCACUAGAGGCUUUUUUAAUAUCAUUUUCUUUUACCCCUGGACUCCUCUCUCUCUCACACACACACACACACACACACACUAUUAAGUAUGCAGGGAAUCCUAUAUUAAAAUUAGUCCCAUCACUUCAGUAGUAUAUGGUAUGUGUAUGGAUGAAUAUUCAUAUUGCCACUGUGCAUGUGUGGUGGAUGAAUGCACUGAUGGAAAGAGGUGGCGAAAUCAAGUGCAUUACAUUCCUGCACUGAAAAGAUAAAACUAUGGCCUUUGUUCUUUUUUUUAAAUCGACUAACUUCCAUUUGUCAAUUAGACAGGUGGUUGGGUCACUUUCAAUUAAAUUAUAUUCCCCUUCAUACUUUCUGACAAUUUUUUUCUCCGUUUUUCUUUUUAGAUGAAGGCACAUUUCCAGUUAAUUGGUCAAGCUCCCAGCUAGCUGGGCAAAGGUCACAUACAUUUUCACGAGUCUUUCAUGAGACUGACACCUCCAUAAAACUCCCCCAUCAACAAGCAAUACACGAGAUCACACAGUCAAGAUCUCAUGAGACCUUCCAUACAUGAGAUUCAGCGCACAAGGGGUGUUGUUUAAGGGUCAGUGCUCGCCGUAUGGGCACCGUUGCAUGUACAAAAUUAAAUUGUUUAAAUUUUUGUUUUUUGUCUCUUACAAAUCUUAUGUUGCGUCUGUCCAUGAUGCAGAAACGGAACGGUGCCGAGAUGGAAAGGAGCAUUAAAACUUACCUUUCAGUAAGAAGAGCUUUUUUUCCUCAGUGAUGCCUCAUUCUGCUUGUCUUGAAAUGUGUAUUUUUGUCAGCCGUAAACUUUUCUUUGUAAGUGGAGCAUCAGCGCUGUUUAUGUUUAAACGAUUGAUCUGUAAUGUGAUCGAUCUGUGUUGCAGGCUGUUAACUGUGCAGUGUCGGCAUUGUUGUUACCUCUUCAAAUAAUGUGUACAUGGAAAAAUAGGAU